AUGAUUACUCUAUGCCCACUGUACGUUAGGGAAUUGGUGUAGUAGGGUUUAGGCCUCUCCUUCGCUUCUUUUCCUCCAUCUCCCUCAACUCGGCCGUCAGUCAUCUCUCUCUCUCUCUCUCCCUCCCUCCUCUCUCUCUCUCCCCCUCUCUCCCCCUCUCUCUUCGGUCUAUGUAUCUCUAGGUGUGUGUUUGUAAUGGCUGCUACUACCAAAGCUUCAAAGCAAUCGAGCUUACCGGAGCUUUCAAUAUCCUCGCCGCUGUUCGAGAAGAGAAUCGAGUUCCACAUAGCUCGCAAGCCUUUCACUGGCUUCAGCAACAGCGGCGGAACGUUUCAAUUGGAGACUCUCAAUCCGUCGACAUCUAAUUCAUCGCAAUUUAAGAGUAAUUCGUUAGUUAAAAAGACUGAUUCGGUAGAAUUGAAAGAUAAUGGAUUUGAUCCGGAGCUUAGUUAUCAGAUCUCUUUUAGGAGAAUUGGUGCUGGUUUGAUGAAUCUUGGAAACACUUGUUUUUUGAAUUCGGUGUUACAGUGUUUGACGUAUACGGAGCCUUUGGCUGCGUAUUUGCAAAGUGGAAGGCAUCAGUUGUCUUGUCGUACUGCUGGGUUUUGUGCUUUGUGUGCCAUCCAAAAACAUGUUAGCAGUGCUCGACAGUCGACUGGGAGAAUAUUAGCACCGAAGGAGAUAGUCUCAAACUUGCGAUGUAUAUCACGCAAUUUUCGAAACUCCAGGCAGGAGGAUGCUCACGAGUACAUGGUGAAUUUGUUGGAAUCAAUGCACAAAUGCUGCUUACCUUCAGGAGUACCUAGUGAGUCACCGAGUGCUUACGACAAAAGUUCGGUCCACAAGAUCUUUGGUGGUCGCCUCCGCAGUCAGGUGAAAUGUAUGCAGUGUUCCUAUACAUCUGAUAAGUUUGAUCCAUUCCUGGACUUGAGUCUUGAAAUUGUCAAGGCAGAUUCACUACAGAGGGCACUAACUCAUUUCACUGCCAAAGAAUUUUUAGACGGAGGGGAGAAGCAUUACCAAUGUCAACAAUGCAAGCAGAAAGUUAAGGCUCUGAAGCAGCUUACAAUUUACAAGGCACCUUAUGUUCUCACAAUCCACCUAAAGCGGUUUAGCUCACAUCUAGCUGGACAAAAGAUUGACAAAAGGAUCCAUUUUGGAACUACUUUGGACUUGAAACCGUUUGUAACGGAUCCAUGUGAUGGAGAUUUAAAAUACACCUUAUAUGGUGUUUUGGUUCAUGCCGGAUGGAGCACUCACUCUGGUCACUAUUAUUGCUUUGUACGCACAUCAAGUGGCAUGUGGUACUCACUUGACGACAAUCGGGUUAUUCAAGUUAGUGAAAAAAUGGUGUUGGAGCAGAAAGCAUACAUGCUAUUCUACUAUCGAGAGAGAAGAAAUUUCUCUUCAAACAAGUCUUUUGAUGUUCAGAAACACAGUACGAAUUCCUCAGAGAAAGUUAAGCUUUCUUGUGGUUUCAAUCAAGAAUUGAAAGAAACCCUUAGUGGUCAAACCGAGAAGAAAGUGAGUGGUUCAAUCUCCUCUGCUGCAAUUGCACAAAGCAAUUCAUUAGUUGGGGCUGUACCAGGAAAACCUGUAAUUAAAGAUGCUGCAGUUGAGUGCAUGACAGCAAAGAAGGAUGCUCUGGUGGAACACCUUUCUAGUCAAGCUGGUGUAGAAUGUUUGCUCCAAAAGGAUUCAUCUGCUAACCCCACAAUCACAGCAAUUAAUGAGAAAGCAGUUGAAUGUGCUAACAAUCUGAUUAAUGCUUCCAACUCUGACAAUGUUCUGAAAUCGGGUAACGGUGACGCUUUAUGUGACUCGGGUGCAAGAUUGCCAAAGGGUAGCGAUUAUAAAAACUCUGAAAAAGGACUUCAUGAUGCAGUGGCUAUAUCAACAAACUCUGGCCUUCUUGAUACAUGUUCUAGAGUUGCUCCUGAAAAGGCCUUUUCUGGAGAGAAAUCUAGAUGUAUACCAAUAAAUAAGAGCAACACUCUUACGACUGCAAGCGCAACAGCCUUGAAUAAUUUUCAGGUUAUUAAACAGGCAACAAUACCAGAAAUAUCAACUCCGCCAAUCAGGAAACAUAAAUCAAUGCAAAAGGUCCAUGAAGAAAAAUCAAACCGAAGGCUUAAAAAGCUCCCAAGGUGUCCAACCAUGAAAAUGCAAUUGAGCUCAAAGUUCAUAUGUGCACGGAAGAAGAAAUUUAAAAGAAGUAGAAAGGGUAAAUUGGUGAGCGCAGCUCUCAUUCAGAAAGGUCCGGUGCAUGUAGAUAGUAUUCCUUUAGAUCUUGAGCCAUCUACUUCCUACCAAACAAAGCUAUCUGGCGGUUUAGAUCACUCUCAAAGAGGACGCAAGAAUUUUGGUUCUAAGAAAAAAGAGAACAGUGGUGUGGUAAACAAUAUAGUCCCAAACAUAAAUAAUGAUUCUAUGACUAACAAUAAAGUAGAGAUCGGAGGAAGAAGUGGCCAGAAUGGUGCUAUACUUGCUUGCAAUAAUCCCACAGAAAAGUUUCCAGUCAGAGCUUCAGCAGGGAAUUUGUUGGAUGCUAGAGGUCCUUGCUAUCCAAAAGAUAACACUAAAGAGUCUAUACAAAAUGGGUUGAUGAGUGUGCUUACCCGAGAUUUAGAGGAGACAAAAGUUGCACGGUGGGACGAGAUAGGUACAACGGACUAUACAGAGCGAAGUGAUGUAGGGAAUGGCAGUAUCGGACAUGUUGGAGACGAAUGGGACGAAGAAUAUGAUAGAGGAAAAAGGAAAAAGGUGAAGAGUUUCGUGAAUGACUUCGGUGGACCGAAUCCUUUCCAGGAAAUUGCGACUAUGCGAACAAAGUCGAAGAAAGCAAAGAUGGAUUAUUCUAGUUCUGGAAAUAAACCAUUCCGGAUAUGAGGACAGAGAAGCAAAGAUGGACUAUUCUAGCUCAGCUUUAAAGUUUAUAUAUAUUGAUGUUUCGAAUGCAAAUGCAUGGCGAGCAGCUCUAGAAUAAUCUGAUUUUUGGAAAGUUUUGGGUCCUUGGUCUUUUGAUUUUUUUUUAAUUUACCGGAAUAAGCUGAAACCUAAUGCUGUUUAUUUAUACUGCACUAAUUAAUGUAUGGAAAUGCUGGUGGGAGUAGGAUUCUUUUUGAAACAUUUGCAAGACUUGUUUUACACCAUGUUGAUGUACGCCUUCUUUUUGUUUUUCUAAGCUCUUCUGUAAUUCUACUAAUAUUUAUCAUUAAUGCGAUUCAUCAUUUAUAUA